UCGAGCCCCGCUCCCAGGAGCGGAUGUAUGUCAACCUGACCACGGGGGAGUGCGGCUGGGAGCCCCCUCCCAACCUCAAGGUGCGCCAGUCGGACCAGAAGCAGUGGUGGGAGCUCUUUGACCAGAACAACAACCGCUUCUACUACUACAAUGCCAUCACGCGGCAGACGGUGUGGCACCGGCCCCAGGGCUGCGACAUCGUGCCCUUGGCCCAGCUCCAGGCCAUGAAGCGCAGCUCCCAGCCCGACUGCCGGGGCCGGCAGCACCGCAGCAGCACCGGCAGUGACGGCAGAAACACCCCCAUCCAAAUAGCCCUCCUGCAGGAGAUGGAGAAGAGCAAGGGGGACUGUGCUGCAGAGAAGAGGAAAGACCCUGGCAGGGAGACUCCUCCCCACUGGCAGCCUCUGCCUGGCACGAAAGCAGCCAUGUUGGUCAAAGUGAACAGUCUGAGGCAGAUACAGAGCUCUUCAAACAGUUCCCUUCAGCUGCAGGGUGCUCCAGAGACCAGCAGCCAAAAAUCGCUUCCAAAACCAGCCAUAUAUGCUCAGCCUCAAUCUACGUCCCACAGCCCUGGAGCCACAAAGCAAAUGCCUACAGGAGAAACAAAGCAGUCUAUGCAGGUCAAAAAGACAGAGAAUGGUGGGUUUUGCCUCGUGCUGAUGAAUGGUCCAACUUCUCAAACGCCUCCAAGGAGCCAGACAGGAACCCCUCAGCCUGUAUCCCCCAAGUAUGCCUCCCCUGCACCUAUAUACGAUGAGCCAUCUUUAGAGUCUCCGAUUUAUGAUGAGCCACCAGUAGAUAUGGACACUGAAAGCAUCAGUAUGAGUGGGAUGUUUCCACCAAGGUCACCGAGCAGUAGCUUAAAAAAGCAGCUGCAGCCAACCAAAUUAUUACAGCAUCCAAGUAUGCAACAGCAGCAAGCUGCAAAGCAGCAUGCAAGAAAUCCCUCUGCCACUGAAUACAGCCCAGCUGGCAGAGAAUAUAUAAAACACAUGGUCAAUGUUGACCAGUCUUCCAAACUCUCCCAGUCUUCUGCUGCAACAGCUGAUGCCUCUACUAAAUUGCCAGGUCAGCUUAGUUCAAAGGACAGCUUCAAGCAGUCUUGGAGGAUCUUGGAAGCCAAUGUCCUCAAGAACAUGGAAGCCCACCACAGUCGGCAGAGCAGCCUCCAAACUCAAGAGUACCCAUCCGGAAUAAGCCAUCAGGACUCUGGUUAUUCGACUGGCCCUUCCCCAAGCUUAAGAAAAAGGAAAGGAAGGAGGCAAGGGACAGGUCAGGGAAGACCUGGCUCUGUGGGCAGCAGCAGCGAGCUCACGGCUUUGAAUGAUAAGCUGAUUGCUGAGAUGCGUGCUGUGGUGGGCAGGUCAGCAGCUUGCAGGGGAAGCAAAGCCAGCCUCGAUGCUGAAAGUCUGGAGAGUGGCAUCCCAGCAGAGAGCAGCAAAGUCCGAUUCCAGUCUGACCACCUGAAAAAGUGCAUCAGCCGAAGCUCAAGAGAUGACAUCUCGGCCAGUAACAGGUCUCUGUAUAGGCAGGGCCUGGAGAGCAGGGGCAGCUUUCCCAGCGAUGUGUCUCCACAGGACACAGUGAGGCAGAAGAGGACUUUUGAGAAAAUAGAUUCCUUAGAAAAGAAUGUGACCAGCCAGACAAGUUUGGCUUCAUCAGAUGCUACACGCCACUCCUCCCAGGCCGGGACAAUAGACUUGGACCCCAAGCAGGAGAGCAGUGCCCAGCCUGGUGGCUGCGGAGGAUACCACUUCCCUUACAACACUCUACGGAAGCCCAUCUCUCAGAGCAGCAUGGCAGACUGGGCUUCUAAAAACCUCAACAUGCACACGCAGGGCAUCUUCCGCCGAAGGAUCUCCAUCUCCAACAUGCUGUCCUGGAAUGGUGGCUCUAUCAAAAAGCCAAUGCUCAUAACCAGCAACCGCACCAUCAAAAAGGAGGCGUGUGAGAUGUUCAAACUGGUGCAGAGCUACAUGGGAGAUCGCCAGACUCGCAUGGACCGGAACCACGUGGCGUUGGUCACAGUCACCAAGUGCUGGAGCAUGCAGGGCUUACGGGAUGAGCUCUACAUCCAGCUCAUCCGGCAGACAACAGAUAACACAUGCUACCGAAGUCUGGCGUGGGGCUGGGAACUGAUGGCCAUCAGUCUGGCCUUUUUCUCCCCAUCACCCAAAUUUCAGUCCUAUCUGGAAGGUUAUAUUUAUCGCCACCUUGACAGUGAUGAAAACAUUGCCCAGCGCAUCAAGGAGCUUGCGGAUCUGAAAAACAAAAAGAACUCAAAAUCCAGGAAAAAGAGGAAACAAAACACUGAGGAUGAAGGUCUGCCCAUCAGCACCUAUGCCAAAUACUGCUACAGGAAACUCCAGAAAGUAGCUGUCACCGGAGGCAAAAAGGGCCUCCGUAAACCGACAGUGGAAGAGAGAACCCAUGCCAGGAAGGCGAUCGUGACACCAUCGCUCUUCGGCAGCUCUCUGGAGGAAAUCAUGCUGCGGCAGCAGGACAUGUACCCAGGCAACAAGCUGCCCUGGGUGCAGACACAGCUAUCGCAGCAGGUCCUGGCGCUGGGAGGAGAACAGACCGAGGGGAUUUUCAGGAUACCUGGUGACAUAGAUGAAGUCAAUGCAUUGAAGUUGCAGGUGGAUCAGUGGAGAAUCCCAAGCAGUCUCAGUGACCCCAACAUCCCAGCCUCUCUUCUCAAGCUCUGGUAUCGGGAGCUGGAGGAGCCUGUCAUCCCCCAGCAGUUCUACAAAGAGUGUAUCAGCAACUAUGAGAACCCUGAUGCUGCCGUGGCCGUGGUGCAGCUUUUACCAGAGCUCAACAGACUGGUCCUGUGUUACCUCAUACACUUCCUGCAGAUCUUUGCUCAGCCAUCGAAUGUGGGCAGGACAAAGAUGGAUGUGAACAACCUGGCCAUGGUGAUGGCCCCCAACUGCCUACGCUGCCAGUCUGACGACCCCCGCGUCAUCUUCGAGAACACGCGCAAGGAAAUGUCCUUUCUUCGCAUGCUCAUAGUGCACUUGGACACGAGCUUCAUCAAAGGGCUGGUUUGA